CGCGGCGCAGCGCCUGAGGAGGAAGUGGUGCGGGUUGUUGCUGCCUCAGCGCGCGCCGCUGUCUCCCCGGGCGCGGAGAGUGGCCGCCGUCCCCGCCGUGGGUCGCGCUGCCCUCUUGAUCCCCUCCAUGUGCCCCGGCGCCCGUGCUCCCCUUCCUCAGGCCGCCGCUUGUCCCGGGGUCUAUGGAAGUAAUGGAAGGACCCCUCAACCUGGCCCAUCAACAGAGCAGACGAGCAGAUCGUUUAUUAGCUUCAGGGAAAUACGAAGAGGCUAUUUCUUGCCACAAAAAGGCUGCAGCAUAUCUUUCUGAAGCCAUGAAGCUGACCCAGUCUGAGCAGGCUCAUUUAUCACUGGAACUGCAAAGGGAUAGUCACAUGAAACAGCUCCUCCUCAUCCAGGAGAGGUGGAAGAGGGCACAGCGGGAGGAAAGACUGAAAGCCCAGCAGAGCACAGACAAGGAUGCAGCCGCCCAGCUCCAGGCAGCCCACAAACCCUCUGCUGAGGAUGCAGAGGGCCAGAGUUCCCUUCUUUCUCAGAAGUACAACCCUUCCGCAGAGAAGCAUCUGCCUGAAAUUCAGAGGGUCUUUGACAGGGAUCCAGACACACUACUAUUUUUACUUCAGCAGAAGAGUGAGCCAACAGAGACAUGCAUUGGAAGCAAAGCCCCAAAAGAUGAUAAAACCAUUAUAGAGGAGCAGGCAACCAAAAUUGCUGAUUUGAAGAGGCAUGUGGAAUUCCUUGCUGCAGAGAAUGAAAGAUUAAGGAAAGAAAACAAACAACUAAGGGCAGAAAAGUCCAGACUUCUAAAAGGUCCAGUAGAAAAGGAGCUGGAUGUAGAUGCUGAUUUUGUAGAAAAGUCAGAGUUAUGGAGCUUGCCACCACACUCAGAAACUGCUACAGCCUCCUCAACCUGGCAGAAAUUUGCAGCAAAUACUGGGAAAGCCAAGGAUAUUCCAAUACCCAAUCUUCCUCCCUUGGAUUUUCCAUCUCCAGAACUUCCCCUUAUGGAGCUCUCUGAGGAUAUCCUGAAAGGACUUAUGAAUAAUUGAAAUGGAAGCCCAUAGAAGAACUAAGAAGAAGAAAAUACAACAGUACCGUUAAUCCAGAAGGAAAAUCAAAAAGGGAAAACCACUGCAAGGGUAAUCCCGGAGAUGCUUCGUUGUCUGGCUUACUGUGGAGAAGAGGCAUUGCCAGGACUCGGAAAACAGUCACUGUGAAAUAUGUCGCAUAUCUUGAUUUACUGACUAAUGAUUCCAGACUUGGCAGACACUAAACUUUUGGAGGUUCACUUUCUCCUGAUACAAACCAAAUGACUUUGUUGCUUUUCAAGCAACGAUUGUUUUUCUUAUCUUCAGGGUUAAAAUGCGUAAAAGUAUGUUCUGUGUAAUUAAUCUAUAAUGCCAUAAAUGAUAAUGCAAAACCUAAAUAAUAUGGUGGCCCGAGAAGCUGCCUUGUAUUUGAAACCUGCUUUCUAUCAUGCAUUGACUGUAUGCAUUUUGUUAUGCACAUUUUGUUUAAUGAGGUGUGCACAACACACCUUUCUAGAUGAAACUCUGUGUGCCACACUUUGCACUACUCAUAACAUAAUGAUAACCUCAAGACUAUCAGGAGAAAUAUUUAAGUUUCCAUUUAUGAAGAAAGGAACCAAAUUAUUAGUUAUGCUUUUUUUAAAAAAAAAUUACCAGUUUACAUAAUUAAUCAGGGUGCAUUUUAAGUUCUAACUUUGUUUAUUAUAUAAUGCAUCAUUUGAAAAUUUCAAGGAAAUAUCCUUUUUUUAAAUGAUGCCUGAGUGGAAGUAAUGCUAGUUGGAAGUGUUUGAUUGUAAGAAAUCAAUAAAGUAAUUUGUGUUUUAA